AUGGAAUUAAACCCAGGUUCUCAAUAUCCUCCCUGUCCACAAUGCAAUCAACCAAAAACUCUAUAUCACUGGUGUCCAAAACCCGUUUGGACAAACGAAUUUGGAACCACAAAUGUUGUACUGAAGAGGCUUAAUAACUCUAAAGAGGUUUCCGCAGAGUUUUUCCAUGAGCUAGCAGCAUAUAUGAAGUGUAGUUCGAUUACGUCUGUACGAAACUAUGUCGUUAAGGCUUAUGGGAUAACUAAAGAUUCGACUACCGAUGAGUUCAUGAUGGUCACGCAACAUGCAGAAUUAGGUGAUUUACGAACUUUUUGUAACGAUUAUAGCGACGCUCAAGAUAAUACUUGGUGGAGUGAAACAAUUAUUGAGAUAAUGUUCGGUAUCAUUAAAGGUCUUACUACUAUUCAUAAAUCUGGAUUAGUUCACGGAGAUUUACAUUCUGGAAAUAUAUUAAUACAUGGUCAAGCAUUUAGCUCUAAAAGAUAUUCUUGCAUUUGUGAUCUUGGAUUAUGUCAACCGGCGGAACAACCUUAUGUAAAAUUGAUGACUCGUUGUUGGGAUUCUGAUCCUUCAAAACGUCCAACUGCUAUUGAAAUUGGUGAUAUUAUUGAUUUUUGGAAAAAAUGGUGUCUCACCACAACAUUAAAAGUUAACGAGGAUUUGUUAGAGAAAUUUAAAGAUGAGAAAAAGAAAAUGACCCACCCUAAAGCUAUUUAUACUAGUAGAUACCUUCGUUAUCAAAAAAUUGGUGAAUACCUUGAUUUAUGGGAACUUCAAGAAGAUACACGUGAAAAUAAGGAUCUUCUUGGGCCACAACCAUGGGUUAAAAAAGAUUUAAAAGACUUCGGCAUGAUAGCUCUUCCAACAGUAACUGACUCUCAAAAUGCUUAG